ACCACCAUUAUCAUCAUGGGCGACCAACAAACAUCAGCACGCAUGGGUGUGAUGCCAGUCCCGCCCAACGAAAUCCAAAACUUUGAUGAACCUUACACUUCAGUGCAAAUGGCACUGAUCGUGGGUAACAUCACAACAUACGCCGUCGCGACCGUCUUUUUGUUCCUACGCAUUUAUACCUCAGCCUUCAUCAACAGGAGAACAGAUCUCGGCGACUUCUUUCUAUUCGCAUCGUGGGGCGUGGGAGCCGCCUCCAUUGCCUGCACAUUUAUAGCAAUCAAAUAUGGCUUUGGAAGACACUUGUGGAAUGUCGAGGUUACAGAGAUUUCGGGAUAUUUCCAACAACUCGUUGCCAUGUCUGUGACAUACUUCUGGACACCAACCCUUACCAAAUUGUCGGUUUUGACUCUCAUCUACCAAGUCUACCAAGCCAAGUGGGGCAAGAUGUGUGCUUUGGCUGUCGGUUCCUGUAUCGUUAUAUACACCGUCAUCCUCACAGUACUCGUAGCCGCGCCUUGCCAUCCGAUCAAUGGUAGUGUUGUGUGUCUCACCCGUGCUGGCACGGCGCACGCAGCUUUGAACAUCUUGUCAGAUGUCAUUGUCAUUGGUCUUCCCAUUCCUCUGGUCCACCAACUUCAGUUGCCCAUGCGUCAGAAGGCCUCCGUUGGAAUCCUCAUGACCCUAGGUUCUUUCUGUGUCGUCGCUUCUAUCGGUAGAACCGUAGCUGUGGCCGAUAUCCAGAACAACCCAGACAUUACCUGGGUUCAAGCCAAGGUCGGAGUUUGGUCUGCCAUCGAAUUGAAUGUUGGGAUUCUGGGUGCUAGCUUGGCUCGCCUCAAACCCUUUGUACAGAAAUACUUCCCUGCGUUAUCCAGAACUAUCGUCUCGACCGGGCAGCACAAAUAUGCUGGAGGCAGUGGAUACGAUGACAAGAAGCCCCGACCCGAUCGCGACACAUACCUUCUACACAGCGUCCAAAGGAGUGAUGACCCGUCUUCUUUUGAUGGACCUAGCGAACAUGGGGGAAUCAGUGUAAAAUCUGAUAUCUAUGUUUCUCAGUCCAAGGAUUUCAAGAAAGACUCUGGGCCACGACAAAAUUGGGCUUGA